AUGGAGGAAGAGUCUGAGCUGUGCCCAGAGGAAGGCGUUAGCAGUCAGGCGUUGCUGGAUGAUACAAUUUCAGCGUUAAAACGCUGCUUGGCUCUAACCACUGGCCAAAAACAUUCAAAUGAUGAAAAAGCCGCACAGGCCGUGAAUGACAAGGUAUGGCUUUGCGCACUAGCGAGCAGCUAUAAUCUGGACAUUCUUGAUAUCCCUUGA